AUGGAUCCAGUAGAAGAUCAACUUUAUAUCCAGAAUCAAGGAGUAUCAAAUGGGAAUAUUCUGACAGAAAUGCUACUUAACCUUUUAAACGAUGGUUCCGCAGUGCCACGAUCCAACGCAUACAGCGAUGAAGCAUUGUAUUCAAACCAGCAAGACCAGAAUUUUUAUGUCCAAGAGCAAGACGUAUACUAUGUGGAUGGGCUACCUAUGGCCGUCAUGCCAGAAGUUACACAGACACAGCUUAGUACUCCAGAUAGUAUUGAGCCUCCGAGCAUCCUUGAAGAGGAUUAUUAUGAACUCAAUUUUUGGUUUACCCAAGACAACUUGUCAAAUGGAUUUACAGGAAUGGGUGACUGGCUUCUUCCUUCCUACAAUCCUAACAUCGAAAGAGGGCAUGAUCUCAACUCACUGGCAAUUUCUUCAAAUAUGGAUCAACCUUAUCGACUCAGUCAGUAUGAAUAUACAACUCCGGAUUCAUAUCGAGGCACACAAGUAUCCAAACCAGAUCCGUCUAUGCAACCAAUUGGUCAGACAGCGGCUAUUGUCCCCUCCAUUAAUAAAGAUUUUGGCUUUAUUAACAAAUGUUCAAACUGCUUCCCAAAAACCUAUCAUAGAAGUCUUUCUCGUACCUUUUUAGCUUGCAAUUUCUGUAGUCCAUACAACGUGGAUAUUUGCGGUAAUCAAAUCCAGAAUGAUGGUCCUUCUACUACUGAGAUGUUUUCUUGCCAAACUUGCGAGCAUCAGUUCAAUCGUAAAUCGAAUUUUACCAGGCAUCUCGAAAGACAUAUUAAAGACCGGAAAAAAUCAAGAUGUUCCUUGUGUAAAAAGAAGUUCUUCAACUGCCCGGGAUUCCAAACCAUCUACACUUGUUCAUGGAAAAUUCGACGCCAUCUUAAUGUUCACAAGAUUUCGGAUGCAGGCUUGGAGAACGUUUUGGAGUACCCUGAUGAUGAAGAAACAAUCACUAAACAGUAA